AUGAUGGACCAAAAUCAACAUUUGAAUAAUUCAGCAGAGGCACAACCUUUAAAGAAAAGAAAAACUAGAUGCUGCAAUGGAUUUAAGAUGUUCUUUGCAGCCCUGACACUCAGCUUUACUUGUAGAGCACUAAGUGCAGUCAUUAUGAAAAGUUCCAUCACUCAAAUAGAAAGGAGAUUUGAGAUAACAUCUUCUGUUGUUGGCUUAAUUGAUGGAAGCUUUGAAAUUGGAAAUUUGUUUUUGAUUGUAUUUGUGAGUUACUUCGGAUCCAAACUACACAGACCAAAGAUAAUUGGAAUUGGUUGCAUCAUUAUGGGAACUGGAAGUAUUUUGACCGCUUUACCACAUUUCUUCAUGGGAUAUUACAGGUAUUCGAAAGAGACUCUUAUUAAUCCAUCAGAGAAUUCAACAUCAAGCUUAUCAACCUGUUUAAUUAAUCAAAAUUUGUUACUCAAUACAACAUCACCUGAGAUAGCAGAAAAAGGUCCUGGAAAGCAAUCUGGGUCAUAUGCAUGGGUAUAUGUCCUAAUGGGCAAUAUGCUUCGUGGAAUUGGGGAAACUCCCAUAGGACCCUUGGGGAUUUCUUACCUGGAUGAUUUUGCUGAAGAAGGACAUUCUUCUGUUUAUUUAGGUAGUUUGAAUGCAAUAGCAAUGAUUGGUCCGGUGACUGGCUUCAUCCUGGGAUCUCAGUUUGCUAAACUGUGGGUGGAUGUUGGAUAUGUAGACCUGAGCAGUAUCAGAAUAACUCCUAAGGACUCUCGCUGGGUUGGUGCUUGGUGGCUUGGUUUCCUUGUGGCUGGACUGUUAUCCAUUAUUUCUUCCAUACCAUUUUUUUUCUUGCCCAAAAGUCUGGAUAAACCACAGAAAGAAAGGAAAGUUUCAGUAUCUUUGCAUGCGCUCAAAACAAAUGAGGAAAGAAGUCAAAUGGCUAAUUUGACCAACCCUGGGCAAAAGGUUACUGGAAAUAUAACUGGUUUCAUCGAGUCCUUGAAAAGCAUCCUUACCAAUCCCCUAUAUGUUAUAGUAUUGGUUUUGAUGUGGCUACAAAUCAGCAGCUUUAUUGGUGCUAUUACUUAUGCCUUCAAAUACGUGGAACAGCAGUAUGGUCAGUCAGCAUCUGAGACUAACAUUUUGUUUGGGAUGGUAGCCGUACCGACUGUUGCAGUUGGAAUGUUCACAGGAGGAUAUAUCAUUAAAAAAUUCAAAUUUACCUUGCUUGGAUUUGCCAAAUUUUCACUUUUUACCAAUUUGGUGGCCUUCACAUUUCACCUGUUAAAUUAUGUGCUAGUCUGUGAAAGCAAACCAGUUGCUGGCCUAACCUUGACCUAUGAUGGAAUUAGUCCAGUGGCAUCUCAUAUAAAUGUACCACUUUCUUAUUGCAACUCAGACUGCAAUUGUGAUCAAAAUCAAUGGGAACCAGUCUGUGGGGAAAAUGGAAUCACUUACAUCUCACCUUGUCUAGCAGGAUGCAAAUCUUCAAGCGGCAAUAAAAAGCCAAUAGUGUUUUAUAACUGUAGUUGUGUGGAAGUGACUGGUUUCCAGAACACAAAUAACUCAGCUUAUUUGGGUGAAUGCCCAAGAGAGGAUCAAUGUAAAAGAAAAUUUUAUUUUUAUAUAGCAGUGCAAGUGUUGCAUAAUUUUUUUGCUGCAUUGGGAGGCACCUCAAUUUUAAUGCUGAUUUUUAAAACCGUUCAACCUGAACUGAAAUCACUUGCAGUGGGUUUCCAUGCACUAAUUAUACGAGCACUAGGAGGAAUUCCAGCUCCUAUAUAUUUUGGGGCUCUGAUUGAUAGAGCGUGUAUGAAGUGGUCUACCAACGACUAUGGGAAUCGAGGGUCUUGUAGGAUAUAUAAUUCCACAUUGUAUGGAUAUACCUACUGGGGCUUGAUGGACAGCUUAAAAUUCUUAGCAUUUAUUUUAUAUAUUGUAUUGAUUUUCACUAUGAAGAAAAAAUAUCAAGGAAAAGAUACUAAGCAAUCAGAAAAUGGAAAAAAAGCCAUGAAUGAAGCAAACGUAGAAUCCUUAAAUAAUGAUGGACAUUCUGCACCUCCAGCCAGAACAAACAAUGAAACACAUAUGUAAGGGGAGAAAAAAAUUCUUGUGUUGCUGUUGUUUCCAGCCAACGUUGUAUUAAUUCAGGAGGAUGUUAUUUUUGAGCGGUUCCCCCUCCUUUCACUGACAUA